UUUUAUAUUCUCUUUGGUGGUCCCGAGUUAAGUCGACGGACAUAAUAUUAAUUUAUUAUAGCUUUGGCAUAAUAAAGAUAAAAGUUAAAACAAAUUACUCGUUUUACGGAUAAUUAUAAAGGACGUAUAACGACAAUGUCUUCGCUGAUUUUUUCUGUUUUUAACCAACUUAGACAGAGUGUUGGUACAGCAAAGAUAGGGAUGCAAACAUGUUCUUCGUUGGUGAAGCCAGAUUCGUGUAUAUUAUCAUCUGUUAGAACUAAAGUUCGUUGUUACUUUCCACGACCAAACGAAGUUAAAAGAAUUCGUCGUCAUGGGUGGGAACAUAGAAUUUCCACACCUAACGGCAGAAGAAUUAUAAUGCGGCGGUUACUGAAAGGUCGAUUUGUGCUCUCACAUUAGAUCAUUCAUUGAGAAUAAUAUAUACAGUGUUUAAGUAGGUAUGUAAUAAAACAAUAAAUUUGAUUUUAUGAA